AUGGGGGUCGUAAAAUUUGACGACACCCCUAGUACAGAGAACCCAUUGCCAAAUCAUGGUGAUCAAGGGGUAAAUGCAAUUGGGGGCACUGACAUGAGAAAGAUCAAAAAGGAUGUGACUGAGGUGAGAACACCGAUGAAAAUGAUUUGGCAAGAAGUGGUGAACAGAGAGAUGAUAAUCUCUAAAGAAAGGAAUAGAGGAGUAAGGGACUACUGCGAGUUCCAUGCUGAAAAGGGGCAUGAGAUCCAAGAAUGUGACGAGUUUAAAGCCUUGGUACAAAGCCUUAUGGAUAAUAAGGAGUUGGAAUUUUAUGAAGCUGGCUCAGAUGAGAGACGUAUAUGCACAUUAGAAGGUGGACCGAAGAAUCAAAACUGGCCAAGGAUCAUUAUUUCUUUACCAAGAAAUAAUGAAGUUGAAAUACCAACGAUACCAAAAGUCAUUAUUCAUAAACCUGUUUCCUUUCCUUACAAGGAUAACAAGAGAGUACCUUGGAAUUAUAACUGCAAUGUAACAAUGCCGGAGAAGGAGGAUAUAGCUAGUGCCUCUAAGGAAGUUCGAGAUGAGGUUAAUGAGCCAGUGAAGGAAGAAGAAGCCAGAGAAUUUCUAAAAUUCUUGAAACACAGUGAGUACAGUGUAGUUGACCAAUUACGCAAACAACUAUCUCGUAUAUCAGUACUGGCUUUGCUUUUGAGUUCAGAGGUACAUCGUGAGGCGUUAAUGAAUGUGCUCAACGAGACUUAUGUUACUAACGAUAUAUCCGUCAACAAGUUGGAUCGAUUGGUUAGUAACAUAAGCACUGAUAAUUUCAUUUAUUUCAAUGAUGAUGAAAUUCCACCUGGAGGCAUAGGAUCAGCUAAGGCUUUGCACAUUACCACUCGUUGCAAAGGAUAUACAUUACCGAUGAGAGCAUUUGAUGGCACGGAGAGAAAAGUCAUGAGAAGAAUUGAUAUUCCUUUGAUGAUUGGGCCAAACACGUAUGAGGUAGACUUUUUAGUGAUGGACAUCAAGCCCUCUUACAAUUGCCUGUUGGGGAGGCCUUGGAUACAUUCGGCAGGAGCAGUGCCCUCAUCUCUACACCAGAAAUUGAAGUUAGUAGCUGAUGGACGGUUGGUCACCAUAAAUGUAGAGGAGGACAUUAUAGCAACAGUUACCAAUGACGCACCCUAUGUAGAAGCAAAUGAGGAGGCCAUUGAAUGCUCUUUCCAUUCAUUAGAAUUCGUCAAUGCAACAUUCAUCUCAGAGGGGAAUGAGGUGCCGGUGCCCAGGAUAUCCAGAACCACAAGAAUGGGUCUGCAGAUGACAGUGGGGAAGGGAGCCUUGCCAGGAAAAGGAUUGGGAAGAUAUAUCCAAGGGGGGAUUCAAGGUCCUGAAUUAAAGGAGAAGAGAGACCUUUUUGGCUUGGGUUUCAGGCCAGAUUACAAGCAGGGGAGGAAAGAAAUAGAGAAGCACCAAGAGAAAAGAAGGGCGCGUUUAGAUGGAAAAGAGGUAGAGUGGGAACUGAUGACAUUCCCCCAUAUAUCUCAAACCUUUAUAUCAGGAGGGAUGAUUCACCCAGAGAGAGGAUUGCUCGAAGAAGGAUGUUAUCACAUCAAUGCUGUGUAUGAUAAAGAGUUUGAACGAGGAAACCUUGAGGGCAUUCUCCCUUACGAACCAGGAAGCUCUUUAAACAAUUGGGUUGCAGAAGAACUUCCUGUAGUUUUAAAAGAUUCUUCAGAGUAA